CCCCAUCGAAUAUUACAGCCACACAACUGAUUUUCUCAUUUCACGUCUCUGUGCUUCACCACUGUCCAGACCGUCCUGUUCCCAGACAAAACUAAAUUCCAACGCCAAUACUCGAUCCGUCAAGAUGACUGGAGUACGCGACGUCGACGCGCAGCUGUUCAUACAAGUGUAUGCUCAGUUUCUGAAGCGCCAGGGUAAAUUGCCUGUUCCGGGCUGGGUCGAUACAGUCAAGACUGGCCAUGCGAAGGAACUUCCUCCCUCCGACCAGGAUUGGUUCUAUGUUCGCUGCGCUGCCGUUGCCCGCCACAUCUACAUGAGGAAGACUGUCGGCGUCGGUCGCCUCCGCAAAGCUCACGGUACGGCGAAGAAUCGCGGAUCGCGCCCAUCCCACCACCACCGCGGUAGCGGCAGCGUCGACCGUAAGGCCAUUCAGGCGCUCGGAAAGUUGCAGAUUCUGGAGCUGGAUGAGGAUACGGGCGGUCGUCGCAUUACGGCGCAGGGUCAACGCGAUCUCGAUCGCAUUGCCUUGACCGUUGCUGAGGCUGCUGCCGACGAGGACUCGAGCGAUGCUUGAACGCUACUCGUCUAGCUCGAUAACAUUCGCGCAAGAACCGGUGGCAGUAUGGACGUAAUGCUAUGCAAUGUAGGGCAACACGACUAGCUGAUGCUCACACGUUGAGCUGAGUAUUCCGGCAGCGGUAUGGGAAUCCCAGAGAGAGUUAUGAUAAAAUCUACAAAUUCUCCC